CAUUAGUUUGAAUUGCUCUCAUCAUCUCUUCCAUCAUAGCAAUGUCUACCAUAGUACCUCAAAUCAAGCUGUCUGAAAAUGGACCAUCCGUGUCUCGUAUCAUAUACGGUACUUGGCACAUGACUGGAGUCGAUCAGAAUAAUGAACAUACUCUAUCAGCACCCGAAAAUAUUCUUAGUCGCAUAAAGGCUUGUUUGGCUGCAGGCAUCACCACUUUUGACCUCAGCGACUUGUAUGGAUUUUAUCAAUUUGAAGCUCUGUUUGGAGAAGCUUUGAAAUUGGAACCAGAAAUCAAAGACCAAAUCCAGAUUAUCACAAAGACAGACAUUGUGAAGCCAUGUGAGGCGAUUCCCAAAUGUCGCAUCAAGCACUACAAUACAAGUCGAGAAUACAUUCUCCAGCAAGUUAAUCGCUCUCUUGAAAUGUUGGGUGUUAAGCACAUUGACCUGCUUCUGCUUCACAGACAAGACAUGUUAAUGGAUGCGGACGAAGUCGCAGAGGCUUUCAAACUUUUGCACAGUGAAGGCAAAGUUCUGCAUUUUGGUGGAUCCAAUUUUACCAUUCAGCACUUUAAAUUGCUCCAGUCCAGAUUACCCUUCCCGCUCGUGUCUAACCAAUUCGAAUUUUCUCCAUAUGAGAUGUCUGCACUAACCGAUGAUCGACUUGAUUAUUUCCAACGCAAACGAAUCGCCACUAUGGCUUACUCUCCACUUGGAUCAGGAAGACUAUUUUCCAAGAAUCCAGACGAACAAACACGUCGCCUCAGAGCGAUAUUGGAACAAACUGCUGCUGACUUGGGUCCAGAUGUCACCAUUGAUCAAGUUUGCUAUGCAUGGAUAAUGAUGCACCCCGCUAAGAUUUGCCCUGUAAUUGGAACCACCUCGCUGGAUCGGAUCUUGACCGCAGCUAAAUCAGUUAGGCUGGUACUUGAUCGUCAGCAGUGGACGGAAAUUUGGAGCGCAUCUACCGGUACUCAGGUACCAUAAGCAGUACCGUACCUUUUAAAAUGAGCUAUUUGCUUAUAGUGUUACAUUACAAUGUUAAUAGAGUAUAUUGAUAUGCCUUUCUGAAUGUUAUCAGCUGAUAUCGUUAU